AUGACGACCACGGAUACAACACAGGGUGCGCCUACAGCCGAUGCCACCCAGGGAAGGAAAAAGUUGCAUGGCAGAGCGUUUUACGAGAGCAUUGGGAAACCCAAGUAUAUUGUAGCUCCAAUGGUGGACCAGUCCGAGUUUGCCUGGCGAAUGCUCACGCGAUCCUUUCUCACUGAAGAGGAAAAGAAGAAAAUGCUGGCCUAUACGCCCAUGUUUCACGCCCGUCUCUUCUCUCAGGAAAUCAAGUACCGCAGAGCCCAUUUCCAAUCUACGAAGCCCGAUUCACAUGACCCCUGGCUCGACGGCAACCCAUCCAUCGACCGGCCUCUCUUCGUACAAUUUUGCGCCAACGACCCCGAAGCUCUACUCUCUGCGGCCAAGCAAGUCGCUCCCUACUGCGACGCGGUCGACUUGAACCUUGGCUGCCCGCAAGGUAUUGCGCGCAAGGGUCACUACGGCGCAUUCCUACAAGAAGAUCAGGACUUGAUCUUUCGGCUGAUCAACACGUUGCACAAGGAACUUUCUGUUCCUGUGACAGCCAAGAUUCGCAUCCUGGAGGAUAAAGAGAAGACGUUGGCGUAUGCGCAGAACGUCUUGAAGGCUGGUGCGUCGAUAUUAACGGUUCAUGGACGACGAAGGGAGCAAAAGGGGCACUUGACAGGUGUGGCAGACUGGAAGAUGUUGAGGUUUCUGAGAGAUAGCCUGCCGCCAGAAACUGUUAUCUUUGCGAAUGGUAACAUUUUACAGGGUGGGGAUAUUGACGAGUGUCUGACUGCCACAGGGGCCGAUGGUGUGAUGAGUGCGGAGGGAAAUCUGAGUGAUCCUGCGCUCUUUGCGAAACCGCCGACUGUAGGGGAUGAAGGGAGAGAGUACUGGAGGGGGAGGGACGGCAAUGGCGGCUGGCGAGUCGAUGCCAUCACGCGCCGAUAUCUGGAUAUCUUGCACAAACACGCCCUUGGGGUCGAACCUCCCGUCAGACGACCGCUGUUCAUCCCAGGAGACGACACAGCCUGGUUAGAAGAGCAAGCCCAAGAAGCUGAAUCCGAGGAACGCCCUCAAAAGCGCCGCAAGAAGGAUUCCGACGGUGGAAAACGCGACGAGGCUUCACCGAAUUUGACAGCCAUGCAACCGCAUCUAUUCCACCUGUUACGACACUUUGUUUCCAAGCACACCGAUAUAAGAGACAUGUUGGCCCGCAGCCGCAGAGAUGGUAUACAGGGGUACGAAAGGGUUCUCGGAGCAGUAGAGCGACGAGUCGCAAAGGAAUUAAUAGAAUAUGAGGCCACCGACGGGAAGAGCUUCCAACAAGAGCUGGACAAGCUGGGCGAUGAGACGGACGAUUUACCAGAGGGAGAGAGCUCAAAGGGCACGGUGAGGAGGUGUAAGCGGCCUGUGUGGGUUGCGCAGCCGAUUAUUCGGCCGUUGCCGGCGGAGGCGUUGGCCAAGGGGGCGAUACGGUUGACCAAGAAGGAGUUGGAGGCGAAGGCGAGGGAGACGGGGGUUGAGAAGAAGAGUGGUGGUGGUGAGGGAGAAGAGGGGAAGAAGGAGGAUAUAAAGGCGAGGGAUGAGCUUGUUUCUGGGUAG